UUGAACAUCCUGUCUUCUCACUGACUCGUCUUGAUGGACAAUUUGGUGCAGGACCAAGGAAUAACAAAAAGAAGAAAAUUUAACGACUAUUUAAUAUGCUUGGAACAGUUCUGAGAAACAACCAAGCCAGCUGUCGUUACUUCAUCUGGCGCAGCAGUGCCAGUUUCCAGUUUGCCGUCUGCUUCCAGUUUCGUCGAUGUAAAGAUAUGAAAGGAGGGCAAAAAGCAAAAAGCAAUUUGAGGCGAAAGCUGAUAGGUCCCUUCAUUUUUUGUUGAGCUACUCACGAAAUAGGAAACCCUAAUUACUGUUCAAAUAGUCAGCUUAUAGCUGGAACAAAUAUAGAUCUGCCUAUCAAUUAUGGAAAUUUCUUAAUCAAUCUUUCUUUUCGCGCGAAUGACGACAUCAAGCUGCCUUCGCUAGAACAUAAAUAGAGUGACGUUUAUACUUAAUGAACCAACCAGAAGAAAACUCACUUGUGAGCGUAAGAGCGGAAACAAAAACUAAACGGCAAUGUCGGAAAACGUGAAUACAACGAUGAAUGGAACACAGCCAUCGAGCUGCCCCAGCGCUUCUACAGCAGAAAAAAUUGGAUCAACUUUUGCUUACUGCCUGAUCUUCAUUGUUUCUUUGACUGGGAACACCGUCAUAGGAAUAAUUGUCUACAAAACGAAAACCAUGAGAAAACCCAUCAACUUUUUCAUUGUAAACAUGGCCACGUCUGAUCUGCUGCAUCCGAUAAUUGUUAUCCCUAGGAGGAUACAAGAGCUCUAUAUAGACUCCUGGCUGAUCGGUGGUCCUCUUGGUCAGGCCUUAUGUAAGCUGAUUGUUUCCUUAGCAGAUCUCUCUGCUACUGUGUCUAUUCAGAGCCUUGUUCUGAUAGCAGUGGAUCGAUUUGGUGCUGUGGUAUUUCCUCUCCGUUCUCCACUCAUCAGUUCAAAGCUGUGCCCGUUCUUCAUUCUCGCCACUUGGAUCGUCGCGAUUGCUGUUAGCUCCCCAGAGCUCUUUGCCUUCAAACUUGUUGAAUAUCCAAGAAAACUUGUUUGUGAGCGGCAUUGGAAUGAAGUUUUUGGAGAGUCUUCAUCCUUUGAGAAUUACCUCUUGUCUUUUACAGUUGUAUUCAUGUUUAUCCCGUUGGUGUUGAUAACCAUAAUUUACAUUAUCAUCUAUCUAAAGCUCAAGUCGCAGAAGAUUCCAGGCGCACAAUCAGCCAACGCUGGACAACGACGUCAGCAAAGGGAGCGAAAUGUGCUAAAGAUGGCCGUUGCUAUCGUGUUAGGGUGUGCAGUAUGCUGGCUGCCCCUUGCUAUCUUCUGGUUUAUUCUUGUCCUUACGGAUAUCAACAUAUUGCCGAAUUGUGGCGUCCCAUACUUUCUCUCUGUUGUCUAUUUUAUGGCUUCAGCAAAUAGUGCCGUAAAUCCUUGUAUCUGUUUUAUUUUCAGCAGCAAUUAUCGCAAAGAACUUAAGGCUCUCCUUAGAUAAAUGACUUUGAACAGCGUAAUAGCUGAUGGAACGUAUGUACGUACAAGCGAGAGGUUUAGUCGAUCUGAAAGUCGUAAAAAACGUCUAUUAAAAAACUUGCUUUUUAUUUGAUUCAAUAUGUACACUAUGACUAAAAGAAACUUUGCAGAACGGUUUUAGACCUAUUAUUGGACACUGACUUUGCCAUCAUUUCAGUUGCAGUUAUUCUACAAACUUGAUUUGUAAUUUUCUUAAAUUCAUGAGACGUUUUCAGCUGUCCUAAACCGUGUAAAUAAAGUUUCAAUACUGCUUUUUGUUUGAUUCAAUGCCACGUGAUAAACCUCAUUCCUUUGUCAUCAUUUGUAGUUAUUUCGUAAACUACUUAUUCUCCUAAUGAUUAGGAAUAAAUAAAGUGCAUAAGUGCUAUUUAGCAACUUUCUUAGUUAGGAAGCAAUUAAGUACGUGACAACGUCAAUAUUAUGUUGCAUGAUAAAGUCCGGCCGAUUCCCAUUACUCGGUCAUGUCUAUGUAAAAUUCUCUUUUACUUCUGCUCUCAAAUGGAUAUAUAUGAAAGAUAAUAAUUUCCCAGCUGCUUAAGUUGUGUAUAUAAAUGCGAUAAUUAUCACCUAUGUCU